AAAUACAUGCACUACCUACACGUAAUCUCUAAGAUGAAACACUCUGGAAUGUUUUCAAACAACGUCAGUCUGUGACGUCUCCUCCAAAUGCAACCUCAGCAGCAAGUCCAAUCUCUCCUAGCUUCCUCAGUACAUGUUCAAAAAGCUUAUCUAUCUACCUUGCUAUCACAAUGGAUGCUCGAAUCUCUAUCCAAUGUAUCCGUAUUCGCAACGAAAAGAAGUCCAGUCCAGGCGUUGCUUAUUCUAGCUUGAUGCGUUGCCCCUCUUGUUCAGACGCCAAUGAAGAGUUAGUAGGCCGGUGCAUCCUAGCUUCUUUGUUCUUCUGUUGUCAGCACACCAAGUCAACCGACCUUCGCUCGAGGCCCGAACCCUGCGAGUCAUUGUUAGGGGAAGACAAGCCUGGCGUUUCAAUAAUUCAACGCGGCCAGGCACUCCACGGACUUGGGCCUAUCAUCACAUCAGGAGAUGCAAUUGUCUUGCAGGCUUACUGCUUCGUUCCGUCAAUCCUUCUUGAUGAUGUUCCCCAUGAUCUACAAACGAACUGUCGAGCUCACAAGUCACCCAAAGUUGGCACGUCAGCAAAAUCAUGGGUAGCAGGGACCUUAGCCGACUCUCAAUCCAUCAUGCUUCGUUUGCCCUUUGCACAUAAAGCAGCCGCUCCUAUCACCCCCUCUGCUCCAAGCCGCCCGCUACUGGCGCAUGAAAAAUAAAGUACGAGUGCGCCAUGCCAGCUGCCAGUGGAUGCAACAACCAAGGGGUCUAGAACUUGACCAACCUCGUGAUCGAGCCCGAGAUGGUUGUUCCCGGUGCGCCCCGACAUGGAUACGAAGUCGUGCAUAAGCUCCUCCGUUAGCCCGCACACCCGAACAUGUCCUUCCCAAAGUCUCGGUCU